AUGUUCUCAGCAGCGUCUCCAAGUGCGCCCGGCUCGAAGCAGCAGUGCAGUGCCGCCUUGCUGAGCAGGCUUGCCAAGGUGCUCCCCAAGGGCCACAAGUUCACCAUCAACCACCUCUCCACGCCGCCCACUCGCACUGAUGCUCUGUACUCAGCUCCUCCUGAUGCGCGUCCCGACCGAACCUACCGCGAAUCCCACUUCCUCGCCGUCAGCGUAGAUGCGACCGCGAAAUUGGCCCCGUCGAGCACGCCCUCGUCGCCCUUGACUCCCGCAGCCCCCCAUGAUUCCAGUCCAACAGGCAGGCAGGUUUUGGUCCUCGGCCUCGAGAUCUACAUCUUCACCACGGCCUGGGCGAGCACAUUCUUCGUGUCCAAGGCCGACUCGACUGGCUACCUGAGCCUCCUCAACCUGCCCAAGGGGACUCCCUCCCCGAUCCGCGAGAUCAGCUCUGCGUUCAUAUCGUAUCUUGUCGAGCAGCGGCGUCGCGACAAUGUGCAGACCAUUGUCAGCCUUUUCGCGAGGGCGCAGAACCAAUACCUGUUUCCCGGCAGCGUGGAAAACAAGGACAAGCACGUCCUGGACGACCGAGGACUGGUCAGAUGGUGGUGUCGCGUACUCAACUCCAUGAUGGAAACACAAAACACACACGAGGACAAGAUCUUCCGCCCUUCAAACAAGACAGGAAACUGGGAGGAUAUCAGGGCGUAUUUGGUUGUUCCCGGUCUCGACGCCUACGAAUUGCGAGCGUUCUUGCCCCGAACACCGUCCGCAUCUUCCAAUUGGGUCCUCGGUCAUCCCCUGGAACGCAUCUCGCACUUCGCCAGAGAGUACGACUGGGUCCCACCCAGGUGUCUAGUGCCCAAGUUCCCCGACGAUCCAAAGUCGCGCUUUCGCGAUGAGCUCGACCUCGAAGCCUCCAAGUCGGCGCAAUAUGAAGAGAAGGGACUCUGGCGGAGCGCCACAACCAUGGAUCAGUUCUGGGAGAUGAUGGCGUUCCGGCAAGAGUGCUCAAGCGGGCACAUGACAGGCUUCAUUUGGGUUGUGCUUGAACCAUAUGGCUGGGCCGAGCAGAACACGAUAGCGGCCUCGUCGCCUACCAACUCUCUUGUCACGCCAAGUACUUCGUUCGAUGGGUCACAAGGAACACAGCCGUCUACUCCCCCAAGAAGGCGAGACGUGCCUUUGGGCUCGACCCCGAAGACGAGCCCUCUCAAAACGGCAAUGACCCCGGGCUCAACGCAGCAGACACCCACAAAGCAAAGCCCUUCCAAGAGCAAAGCUAGCGCGAAGGCCAAAAAGCUUGUUCUGAAAGGGCCAAUAGUUCCCCGUCUCCCACGCGUCAAAAGGCAUGCACGCAACUACGUGCCAGACAUACCCGUCUCGACUUCAUACUACUACUGGCCUCCAGAGGGGCGAGGAACCCGGAUUGCUGCCGAAGCCGAUUAUAAGAGAUCAGUGGACUUGCUGACCAAGCUGGAUUUCGAGACCCUGGAGCUGGCCAGUGCGAGUACUAAGAGAUGGAUCAACGAGGUCGGCGGCGGUCAGAAGUGGGCUAUGGAGGUUGUCGGGCGGCGGCCUAUCAUCGCUGCGCCGAAUGCCACGGCAUCUACUGCGAUCAACAACAUGGCAAACCUUGUGCGCAAGAAGGGGCAACCAUCUUCAGCGGACGCGGCGAGCGACGACAAGAGUAGCCCUAGUCCGGCGUCCGCCUCUGCAUCUUCUGCCUCGGCCCAGGGCGGGGUCACCAUGCUCAUGGCCAGGAAGAAGCCAAAAAAGGAUACGACCCCGCCGCCAGCAUCGAGCGAGGAAGCUGCUGCCUCCUCUGUUAACCUGCUCGUCCCCCGAAAGAAGCGCAAGGAGUCCGGCUCCGAAGAUUCAGGCCCAGCUGCAAGCGCUGUGGAAGCGACAGGUGGGGACGCCGCGAGUGCGACGAGUGAAACACCGGCUGUGAAUACCCUUGGUGGCGGUCUGGUGCGGAAGAAGCCCAAAACGGCUUGA